ACGCUCGAGCUUUCGGGCCACAGACACCGCCGCGCGAGCUAGAAGCGCCUUAGCCCGGCAAGCUGGCUCACCCGCUGGCCACCCAGCACAGCCCGCUGGCCCCUCUCCUGCAGCCCAUCUGGCGGAGCGGCGGCGGCGGCGGCGGAGGCAGGAGGAUGGCUUCAGAACUGGCAAUGAACAAUUCCGACCUGCCCACCAGUCCCCUGGCCAUGGAAUAUGUUAAUGACUUCGAUCUGAUGAAGUUUGAAGUGAAAAAGGAACCGGUGGAGACCGACCGCAUCAUCAGCCAGUGUGGCCGUCUCAUCGCCGGGGGCUCGCUGUCCUCCACCCCCAUGAGCACGCCCUGCAGCUCGGUGCCCCCGUCUCCCAGCUUCUCGGCGCCCAGCCCGGGCUCGGGCAGCGAACAGAAGGCGCACCUGGAAGACUACUACUGGAUGACCGGCUACCCGCAGCAGCUCAACCCCGAGGCGCUGGGCUUCAGCCCGGAGGACGCGGUCGAGGCGCUCAUCAGUAACAGCCACCAGCUCCAGGGUGGCUUCGAUGGCUACGCGCGGGGAGCACAGCAGCUGGCCGCGGCGGCGGGGGCCGGCGCCGGCACCUCCCUGGGCGGCAGCGGCGAGGAGAUGGGCCCCGCCGCCGCCGUGGUGUCCGCCGUGAUCGCCGCGGCCGCCGCGCAGAGCGGCGCGGCACCCCACUACCAUCACCACCACCACCACGCCGCGGGGCACCACCACCACCCGACGGCCGGCGCCCCGGGAGCCGCGAGCGGCGCGUCCGCCUCUGCGGGCGGCGCGGGUGGCGCGGGCGGCGGUGGACCGACCAGCGCCGGGGGCGGCGGCGGCGGCGGGGGCGCGGCGGGGGCGGGGGGCGCCCUGCACCCGCACCAUGCCGCGGGCGGCCUGCACUUCGACGACCGCUUCUCGGACGAGCAGUUGGUGACCAUGUCGGUGCGCGAGCUGAACCGGCAGCUGCGCGGGGUCAGCAAGGAGGAGGUGAUCCGACUGAAGCAGAAGAGGCGGACCCUGAAAAACCGCGGCUAUGCCCAGUCCUGCCGCUUCAAGAGGGUGCAGCAGAGACACGUCCUGGAGUCGGAGAAGAAUCAGCUGCUGCAGCAGGUCGACCACCUCAAGCAGGAGAUCUCCAGGCUGGUGCGCGAAAGGGACGCCUACAAGGAGAAAUACGAGAAGUUGGUGAGCAGCGGGUUCCGAGAAAACGGCUCCAGCAGCGACAACCCGUCCUCUCCCGAAUUUUUCAUAAAAUACGAUGCUGGCAUGCUUAUCCCAUGAGACAACUCGGCCCACAAAGCACAAAAACUAAAAACCCACACUCAGAGAGGAACCAAGAAUGGUGUUUUUCCUGGCGUCCACAAGAAGCGCUUUAUUUUUCCUCUAGAUUUCUUUUCUAAAAAAAAAAAAAAAAUGAAAACAAACAAAAAACAAAACAGAACAAAAAGGACUGAGAUGGACAUUCAAACAAACGAUUCACACUUCAGGUGACUAUAGUCAAGCAUGUUCUUUUAUUAAGCAUAGGAUGGGAGGAACCAAGGGAAGCUGAAGCUAGCCACUGAUUCAAGAGGACUGAGAGGCCCUGACACUCCCUCAGGGGGUUGUCCUUGGAACUGGUUGAAAUUGUGUUAGAUCAGAGUGUCCGUGGACAAACAUCCCCAUAAAUGACUAGAAUCAUCGGAGCCAGAGUCCUGAGGGACUGUAAUUUCAGCAAAAUUGCAUUUGGGUUUUAUUUGGGACUGGUUUCUGAGUCAGGGUCGGUGGCCAUAUAUGCAUUGGUCAAAUGUAGCCACGUGGCCUGACCGUGGGAGAGGCAGAGAGGAGUGUGUGGAACAGAUUUGAUAUUUGAUCAUAUCUGGCUGCUUGAGCCCCCUGGCUGGGUUCCACCGGACCAGGAUUUGAACAUCUGGCCUCUGACUGGAGCUUAAUUGAACAGUAAAUGGUUAGUGACUUCCCGAAGUCCCUCAACAUGCUCCCCCAGCGCCCCCUCCCACACAAGCAGUGAUUACUUUGGAUUCAGAGAUCUCUUUCUCAGUUGCUCUCCUUUUACUGACUUGCUACUAGUCUUCACCUUUCGCUGAGCACCCCUGCCAGGGGGUUGUGGAAUUCCCCCACAUCAUUUAAGGAGGAAGAGGGCAGCCAAAGUGCCUCUGACGGAUAAGCGGAACACAAGAACAACCCCUCAGCUAACUCAAGCCAAACAGCAACUUGCCCUCUGCUCUCUGCCGAGUCCAGGUGGAGACAGAGCUUUGGAUAAACUUUGGGCCAUUUCUCUUGGAUUUUCCAGCCAAGAAUGAUCAGGUGACUUGCCAUAGACUUCUAAGUGGUGACUGAGAGAAUCUAGUCCCUUCACCUCCAAAUCCUCCCCUUCUCCCCUUCCCCCAGGCCCUAGAUGAUUCCCCUAUCAGACAGUGCUUCUAAUCUCACAACAGACUGUCCGAUCCUGAGAUAGGACCCAGGGAAGCCACUCAGGAAACUGGCCAUCAGAGCUCUUCCACACCUAAUGUAGCAAACUGCCACUGUGUCCUUCUAAACGUCAUGUGGUCUGCGUGCUUGCAUUGCUGAAACGGUGAAGGAAUUCUAAAGUCACCCCAAUCUUGAGUCAAGCUCACCGGGAGAGGAGGUGUGUCUUCCAUCAAUGGAAACUCCAAAUGAUGACAGCUUGGCUGCUUUCACGGAAGUGUGCGUUUGGUGGCUGUGCUGAAAGGCACGCAGCUUUAAAAACCUAGUGAUCCAUGCAUACUCGCUUCAAUUCCUUGCCAUUGGCCUUAGGGUAGUUUACAACACAAAUUCUACUGCCAGUGCCCUCAGCUUUAUAAAAGAACACAGAACAGGGUACAAAGGCCACCUUAGCUACCCCAAAGACUGAUCGUGUUUUUUGGCAAAGCCUCCCAGCCUGAGCCACGCCAUGCGUGCUGUCAUUAGCUCUUGCUUUAUCUUCUCUUCAGGACAGACAAUUAAGUGUUGACAAUAUCUUGUUGGUUCCAUUCCUACUGCCAAGAGGGCUUUUUGGAGAAUUUUCUUUUCUGCUCUUCCAACCUUUGAGUGAUAUCUUUAUACCAUUCGAUGUGGCGACAGUAUAAAAAACAAGUUCCCACUUUGGGCUCAUCAACUUCUUGGUCUGCAUUCCAUCAGCCUGAGAUGCAGCUGCAUUAGUGAGAGCUCAUUAGUAAACAAGCCUGUACCGCUGGUAGGAGAUGAAACACUUUCAAACUAGUAAGAAAGGGUUUUUUGUUUUUAUUUUUGAGCACUUUAAUCACCAUCAAAAAUGAUUUUUGUGCCACUAUGGGGGCAUCAGUAACUAAGUCAGAUGAGAUGAAAGAGGCAUAUAAAGAAAACAAGGUUAACAGUGGUGUAAUAUUUGAAGGUAUGACUUGCCAUUUGUCAACAUUGUUUUACUGAUCCAUGGUGAUAAAAUAAUAACCCCUUGACAUCAGAGUACUGGCUGGAACUGUGGUUCUCUCCCAGAUGAUUCUUGUUUGUUUGAUUCCUUCAGAACAAUUUGUCAGGUUGCGUAGACAUCACUCAUCACAAGAAGCUGGAGAAGUAACACCUCCAGCCACCUCGAUGCCAUUGGGCUAAUGGGUUGACGACCCAGGACUGAGAGGUUCUGGCAAGCCCAGGAGAAUUUCUAACCAUACUUUUAUGCCUUCUGGGUUCUACUCAAACAUUUGUGAGUGGCCAGAGUUCAACUGUGACCUUAGCCAUUACUAUGUAUGUAAAAUCACCCAGGGUUUUUGUUUGUAGCUUAAGCUGAGAACAUCUUGGUAAUGGAGGUUCAUCGUUUUCCCUAAGAAAUCAUCUUCCAUGUUUGCAAUCCCAUCUUCCACCUCAGAAAGCUGGGAUGCUGAUGGGUGGCUGUUCAGAGUUGAGACCCUGAGAUUCAAAGGACCUGGCCUUCCAAAAUCCUUUGUUGGGAUGAAAACGUUAAGUAUCUGCCUUCCAUCAACAUUUAUUUGAUAACCGCUGGCCAGCAAUUUGUAGCCGUCAGCACAAGUUACAAAUGAAUAUUGAGUCCUUUGAGGAAAAAGGUACAGAGGUUUCUGAUAAACAACACAUGAUGUGAAACAACAAAACACAACCACAUAUUAUCGGCGAUGCAUUACUUACUGCUGUGAUGGAAUACUCAUGUUCUGAUAAGAACACAUGUUACACAAUUAAUUUAGCUUUCAGGUGACUCUACUUUAAUAUGCAUGCUUAUUUAAAAGGAAGAAUAGAUUCCCAUCUUAAAGUAGAUGCAACACAACGCAUUUUAAAAUACACACAAUAUCAUGGCCCAUCUAUAUUCAAAGACUUGAAAGAGCGGUAGAUGUUGGAAGAUUGCUUUAUUACAGACAUAUCCACACCAGGACGUUGCACAGCAAAUGCUGAUUUAAUCAAUUUAUGCAAAAAAUAGAUUCAGAAAUGGGAACACACCAUGCAAGCUAGAUUAGGCCUGGAGCCUCAAGGGCAGGAAGGAAGGCAGGUAGUGACUGACUGCAGAGAUGGGUUAAAAGUGGCGCAGCGCAGUGAGCAUUGGGCAAAGGGGGAAAGGCAGGUGCAUCAUCAGACCCCCAAAGCUUUCAUUGCUACUCAUCUGGGGUCUCGUAGGCAGAGAAUAUACUUCCCAAACAUGCAGCGGUGCUAUAGAUAGACCACACUGAGUGGAACAAUCAGUCGCAGAGACGAGCAUCUCACUACCCUUCCCCUCUCCUAGUAACAGUAAUGCUCCUGCAGGAGGGUUGUAAGACUUCUCUCAGAAAUAUGCAGCAUUGCAUUCUGGAGUUCAUCACCAAAUGUCUUGGUGCCUGGGACAUAGCUGUUUCCACAAACAAGUAUGAUUUCCAUCUCGGGUUCACGAGGCAAAAACAAGCUGCUCCAAGGGGUGCUGUGCCCCUACUUUACUAUCCAAGAACAAGACUGGCCUCAUAUUCCAUAAUAUUCUGUCUGUUCAUAAAGCAAAGUACUUAGCACAGGAAUGAGACUCACGCACCUCUCUGACCAGUGACCGAAACGAAAGAACACCUCCAUUGCUGCCCACACAACUGAAUUAUAUAAUGUUGGGUCAGUGCUUAUAAGUCUCCUGGGUUCCAGCACAGUGCAAGGAGGCAGAAGAGAACAAAGAGCUCUAUUCUCCAGUGAGUUCCAGCCAACAGUGACUAGCCCAGUAGCUGCGAGGCCUAGCAUUUAUUGAUGGCUAGCAUUGGCCAGAUGCCUGCAGGCAGCUUCCCAAGCAUCAUCUUCUACUCUGCAUGCUGCUCCAUGAGCCAGGAACAACCAGCAUCUCCAUGUUUAGAGAACCACUUCUAUUCAAAGAUCAAAUCCAACUGGUCCAAAGUCACAGGGACAGUCACAAAUGGACUGAUUCAGAAUCCAUGAGUUAGUAUAGGAAACCUCCUUCCCAAACUCGCGCCAUGAAUAUGGUCAUGUUGACCAUUUCUUUCUAGGUGCCUCCUGUUUGACUCAGGCUUCCUCGUGCUAUUUUGUCUUCCUCCCCAGGCCAUGCCUACUUACAGAACGAGGCCCUGAUUUGUCCUAAGUUAAAUACACAAGCUGUCAUAGGUUCACCUGAAAAAUUAUCAAAGGAGAUUUUUCCACUGUUAGUCAGUGAACUAAAUUGAAAUUAUAUCCAUUUGGAUUAACAACAACAAAAAAAUGAAGACUCAGCACCCUAUCCAUCUAUUCAAUAGCAAAUGACCCUUCAUUUAAAAAAAAAAAAGUUACCUGAACAUCCAAACAGCCUAGGCUCCCACAAAGCCAGUAUGUGCAGUAGGAUCAAAACCCAGUGCCAUUGUUCUUGACUUCUCAGCAGUCCUCAUUGUCCACUAUGUUCAGUGAGUCAGGUUCACCUUACUAGACCUGGAAGGAGGUGGGAGAUCCUUGGACUCUCCACAGGGCAGGAACCCUGACUGCUCUUAGGGCUGAUGA